UGAAUCAGAGAUAUUACUGCACGGCCGCUGCGUGCGCGACACAGACAGAAACAAAGUAACAGCCGCGCGCAGUCUGAUCUGAUACAUUGUUCCAUUCCGGCGCGGAUUAGAACUCUUUGUUACAUUGUGACAUUGUGAUUGUGAUACACUGUAUCUGCUGCCUCUGAUGAUGGAGCGCUGGAAGGGGAGAGUCGCGCUGGUCACCGGAGCGUCUGUCGGCAUCGGAGCGGCUGUGGCUCGCGCUCUCGUCCAGCAUGGCAUGAAGGUGGUCGGAUGCGCUCGGAACGUGGACAAAAUCGAGAAGUUGGCAGCCGAGUGUCAGAGCGCGGGAUACAGCGGCACUUUGAUCCCGUACAAGUGUGAUCUGUGCAACGAGGAAGAGAUUCUCUCCAUGUUUUCCGCAAUUAAGACGUUGCAUCAGGGAGUGGACGUGUGCAUCAACAACGCCGGUCUGGCUCACAACGAACCGCUGCUCAGCGGAAGGACAGAAGGCUGGAGGAAUAUGAUCGAUGUAAACGUACUCGCUCUGGCCAUCUGCACACGUGAGGCCUACCAGUCCAUGAAGGAGAGAAAUGUGGAUGACGGACACAUCAUCAACAUCAACAGUAUGGGAGGUCACAGGAUGGUUCCCAGCGCUGACGAACACUUUUACUGUGCCACUAAAUACGCUGUGACCGCUAUGACAGAAGGACUGAGACAGGAGCUACGGGAGGCCAAAACACACAUCCGAGCCACAUCUAUCUCACCUGGAAUAGUGGAAACUGAAUUUGCCUUCCGGCAUCACAACAGUGAUCCAGAGAGAGCUGCGGCUGUGUAUGAAAGUAUAAAGUGUCUGAAAGCAGAAGACAUCGCCAGUGCCGUCACAUACGUCCUGAGCGCGCCUGCUCAUGUUCAAAUCGGCGACGUGCAGAUGCGGCCGGUAGAGCAAGUGUCGUAGGAGCGGAUCGGGAACGGAGUGGGAGAGCGGAGUCAACACAAACGAUCGGAUCGGAUCUGAGAACGCGGCGAUCUGACGCGACGCUCGGGCGGUCAGGAGCGAGCCGAAGAGCGCCAUUACCUCCGUUUAAAUUUACAGAUGUACACGGUCUGCUGCUGUCUCAAAUAUAAGGGGAAACUUUCAGCCUUCUAUAAAACACAAAACUGGAACAAAAGAACGAAGAUGUGUUUUGGUUUGAAACGGUCGCCUAUACAGAGACGCUAUGCCAUGAAUUGCACAUCAUUUUGGUCUUUUAUUUUUAUUUUUUAGGUCAUAUUGCAUAUCUGUUUUGAGAAUGUGACGAUAUGAAACACUGUCGCUCGGUGCCGGUUGAGGUGAUGUUAAUUACUGUAUUAAUUUGAAGUAUUCUAACUUGAAUUGUAUGUAGAUGUGGUUCUUAUACCGUAUUUACCGUGGUUUGGAUCCCGCUACUGUACCGUGCGUUCCUUUUGAAGCGGCGAGGCUCGAGUCUUCACUGGCCGUACUUAUAUGAAAUGAAAUCAAGCGCAUGAUUUUUAUAAGGGAGAAACCUGUUUGACUGAAGUCACACUCCAAAUCAGGAACCUGAUAAAUGUUGGUUUUUACAUUGAACUUUAAAUGAAUGAAAGGUCUGACACUGGCUUCUUUCAUAGGGAAAACUAGUAUGUAAACACUGUAGUGAGUACUUGAAAUGAAAUAAUACUUGAUAUAAUCUAUUCCUACUGAUGAUCAUUAUUAUUGGUUAUGGAUAAAUUCUUUUCCUUUUCACAGUAUGUCACCUCUACAUCUCAAAACAACCCAAAACUUGAUCUUUUAUGUUGUUUGUAUUUGGGAAACUAUAACCUUCAUUUAACUAUUCGAAGCUUAAAUUAAAUAUGAAAUAAAUAAAAUUCAAUAUUUGAAUUUUACGAAACCUGUCCAGUUCACGUUCGCCUGAAAAUUCUUUGACAUUAUUUUUUUUUGACAAUUUCACUCCCAGUUCUCAUUACCAUAACCCCAAAAAGUAUUUAUAAAUCAUGGUAGUAAGUUUCCUAUAAAUGUAAUACGGUAAUAUAAUCACUUAAUGUGCACAAUUGCAAUUAAAAUAAUGUCAAAAGGAAAAAUCUUUAUGCUCCAAAAAGAGGCUUAAUUUUUUAUUUUCUUUUUGUUUUAGGGUGAAAUGUAACCUGGACAUGUUUCCGUGAUAUUCGCCCACUUAAAUCUUUAAAGCAGGUGGGAACAAAGAACAAAGUCUUAAUCUGAAGGUAUUCUGAAAUGUCCCUCUGUUAUGAUGUACAAAUCCAUAUGAACUCUUGCCAAUGUUAACGGUAUUUGGUUUGUAUAUUUUUAGCAUGAAUUAAUUAUGAAUUCGCAUGAAUGUCAGCUUUUAACACUUAUAAAAACUGAAGAUGUACAAAAUAAGGAACUUUUACUGUAAAGGAGAGCAAAAGGGCCAGUCUUUGAACAUAUUGCGGGUGAAGUUCACUGCAUGGACCCUGAGGGAGUGUUUUAUCAUCAAUCAUCACGCCCAUAAAGGUUACAAAACACCUGCUAUUGAGAAUAAAAACAUAAUGGGCACAAGAAAUGA